UUCAAAAUAUUUAUUUGUACGUGGCUGAUUGAAAAGUUACAGUCAAUACAGACCCAGAGUGUCCAGACUGUCACUGAGACUCUGACAGUCUACAGAAUUUGUUUUAUCUACAAGUCAUAAUAUUGACCCAAUGGACCACGAAGUCAUAUGAUCUGAGAAGAAAAAGCUUUUGAAAAUGAUGGAAGAAUCUUCUGAUGAAUCAACAGAAAUAAUCUCCAAUGAGGAAGCUGAGUUAGCCAAGAAAAUGCAAGAGAGCGCAGAACUUUCCAAUACAGAUACAUCAACUACAAAGUUUGUUGCCAGUGUGUCAGCUCCUGCUCCACUGCCAGUAUUUAUGAGCAUUCCUGAAGCCUCUCCAUCAGGAACUACACAGCAGAAAUCAAAGGAAUCCUCAUCUCCAGCUUCUCCUCCUACACAAAGAGAAAUACCUGUAUCUCCUCCAACGUCAAAUGAACAACAAUCCAGUCUGACUGUCAAACCCAGUGUAGCAGCCCCAGGUAAAGUCUGACAAAUAUGUUUGGUGGCGGGAC